GAUCGGCAGCAGCGUUGAGUUCGACUGGUGCAGUGUCUCGUGCAUUCGAACUCUCCGAACCUUGGGUCACACAGCCAUCGUCAUCAACUGCAAUCCUGAGACGGUCUCUACGGACUUCGACGAGUCGGACCGGCUCUACUUCGAGGAGCUCAGCCACGAGCGUGUUAUGGACAUCGCAGAGCUUGAGAAGCCCCGGGGUGUGGUCAUCUCGGUUGGAGGCCAGACGCCCAAUAACUUAGCCCUGGGCUUGACUCAGUGCGGUGUUCGCAUCCUUGGGACAUCCGUGGAGGCCAUUGAUGCCUGUGAGGAUCGAAACAAGUUCAGCCAACUCUGCGACUCCCUGCGCAUCGAUCAGCCAGAGUGGUCGCAGUUUGCAACACUACAGGAGGCCCGUAACUUCUGCAAGGUUGCAGGCUACCCGGUGCUGGUGCGUCCAUCCUACGUCCUCUCAGGUGCGGCCAUGCGUGUAGUAACCAACGACGGUGACCUGGACCUGUUCCUGAAGACCGCCGCUGUGGUGAGCCGAGAGCACCCUGUGGUAAUCUCAAAAUACAUUACGGGGGCAAAGGAAGUUGAGAUGGAUGCGGUUGGAAAGGCUGGAGACCUUGUGAACUACGCGAUCGCUGAGCAUGUAGAGAAUGCAGGCGUCCACAGCGGUGAUGCCACCCUGCUCUUGCCCGCCCAGCGCCUCUUCGUUGAAACGCACCGGAAGGUCAAGAGCAUUUCGCAGAAGCUGUGCCGCGCACUGAAGAUUUCUGGACCCUUCAACAUCCAGUUCAUUUGCAAGGACAAUGAGGUGAAGGUCAUCGAGUGCAACCUUCGAGCAUCAAGGUCCAUGCCCUUUAUCUCCAAGACCUACAACGUGAACUUCAUUGAGCUGGCCACCCGCAUCAUGACUGGCAUGCCAGUGCAUCCUGCAAUUAUCCAGCCAAUGGAUAUCGACUUUGUAGCCUGCAAGGUGCAUGGAUUAUAG